AUGAGUUCAACUACUAUUAUCACGAAUACUACUAAAUCAACGACAACAUAUCAUUCAACGACAACAAAUUCAUCGUCAACUCACCAAAAAAAUAAUCAAGUUUCAACUGAUGCCAAAAAUUUAGGUUUACAUUCUGGUGCUGCUGCUGGUAAUCUUGGCUUAGUAAAAUUCGCUUUAGAUCAUGGUCAAUCUAUCGAUUCUGCAUUAAAUGGCGUACUACCUAUUCACGCCGCUUGUAUAAACGGCAAUGCUAACGUAGUGCAGUAUUUGAUUGAACGUGGUGCAAACGUCAAUUCUCCAAGACAUCCACGUAAAUUAAGUGGUGCAGAUAAAACCAAAUCGUCGUCGGGUCAUUCAGUAGGGACAACUGGUUCAACCGCAUUACAUUUUGCCGCUGCAAAUGGUUGCACGCAGACGGUUGAACUAUUAUUAAAAAAUGGUGCUAUGGUUGAUGUGGCAGAUAAAUAUGGUUCGACUCCUCUAUCUGUUGCUAUGGCAAAAAAUCAUAAUGAUGUUGUUGAAUUAUUAAAAACUUAUGGUGCUUUACAAGCUGUUGAAAGACAAUCAAAGAUGAAUAAUAAUGGUGGUGAUGUAAAUAAUAAUAAUGGAAAUGACAAGGCUUCAAAAUUUAAAAAAAUAAAAAUGCCAACAUUGAGUAGUAGUAGUAGCAAUCAUACGACUGCUGUUGUUGUAAAUAACAAUACUAACAAUACUAUUGUUAUUGAUUCCGCCACUUCUACUGCUACAAACAAUAACGCUUCUAAUAAUAAUAGUAAUGGCAAUGCCUCUUCAUCUAAAGAUUUUACUGCAUUUAUUCAUUAUUUGUCAAAACGUAGACCAAGUACAAAUAAAUCUAAAAGUCCUAAAAAUAAUCCUAGCAGCUCUAGUAACAACAGUCCUAAUAAUAACAAUGUGUUAGAAUUAUCACCGCAAAUACCACAAAUUGUGACGGAGCGUCAACACUCAAGAUCAUUGGAAUUGCCACAACUUCAUUCAAAAUCACUGGAAGAAAUACUCAACAACAAAUUUACCAGUAAAAAAGUUGAUGAAAUAAUGAUAAUUGAUUUAUCUGAUAAACCACCAUCAUCGUCUAUUUAUCUGUCAUCAUCUUACGAUGAUGAAUCAACAACUUCACCUGACACCGGUAUAAAAAAACACAAAUCACCAACAAAAGAAUUGUUUCGUAAAAGUUUAAAUUUGACUCGUCAUUUUGCCAAUACCGCUACUACUACUACUUCAUCAACAACAAUAUCGUCGGUUUCAAACAGUAAUUCCUUGACCAUGAUAAAUCAUAAUAAUAACGGCCAUGUAGUUAUUAAUAAUGAGGUUAAUAAUAAUAAUGGUGGUGGUAGUAGUAGAUCGCCAGAUAGAAGGUCAACCAGAUUUUCAUUUUCAUCAUCAACCACUCCACAAUCAAAUUCUUCAUCUAUCAACUCUUUGUUGAUGGCCACAUCACCUGAACUUACAGCAUUUUCCUCGGGUGUUGGUAGUGGUAUUAUAAUAGUUGGUAGCAGCAGUAGCAGUAAUAGUAAUGGCAUUAACAACUUGGCUGUAGUAAGUGAAAAUAAUAGCAGUAGUACGAGUAUGGAAUUAUUAACGGAAGAUUCCUCUUCAUCUUACACCACAACAGCCCUGCCACCACCUCCUAUUGUUAUUCCUGAGAAAAAGAAACGUCGUUCGACCGAUCCUCUUUUUGAUUUCAAAACUAAAAAACAAUGGUCAAAAGAUGAUAAUCAUCUUACUAUCAGUCAAAACCCGGCUGCUUCUGCUUCAUCCGAUUCACUAAAUCGUAUUAUGAAAAGAUCAAUGUCUGAAAGUGGCGCUGCUGGUGGUUUUGGCGGUUUUGGCAUUAUGGGUUUUGGUAGCCACAGUACCAGUGAUCUUAGUUCCAUCGAUAAUGCUCACAAUAUGAAUGUUGGUACUAGUGGGAAUUCUGGUACAAUCAAACCCUUAUUCAUUUCAAGUAAAAAGAACAAUAAUCAAAAGAAUUUCUGGGCAUUAAAAAUUAGUGGUAGUGAUAAAGAAUCUUCCAAAAGUAUGUUUGGUAGAUUUACUGAAUUUGUUAUGGGAAAAAAUUAA